UGGAACUUGCCCGCCUCGCUCGUCGCUCAUCUGCUCCCAGACCCUUUUCUGCCCUCGUCCCAUCUUUAACCUUUUUCAAAGCUUCAUAUCCUCACUCUCAUCCACCUUUCUUUCUCUUUCUCUUCUCCAUCUCCAUCCUCCACCUGAGACAUCAUCACUUGGAACAAUCACCUUGUCAUCCUCGUUGGCUUUGGCUCUUGCUAUUCACUUAGCAGGACAUCCAGCCUUGUUUCACACCACCACCAUAACCUCCUCUCCUUGAUCAGACAUUGACACCACCCCCAUUGUCUGCUUCAGCUCAAUUUAGCCUUCGAUACCCUCUCACUCUUUUCAUCGCACCGUCGACCUCGUCGCCUUCAUCCAGACUCAUUCAUCCUUCCUCCCUACCAUGGUCAUUGUAACCGACUUCCAAACCCCUACACCAACCCCUGCCCCAGCCCCAGUCCCAACUCAAGAUCACACCAUGGAUCACGAAUCCCUCCCUCCCAACUCCUUCCUGACCGCACCCAUUAUUUCACAACCCACCAACACCACCUCUCCUCUGUCGAAGCGACGUCGAUUCACUCCCAACAGCCUUGCACCUAUCAUCCCCAUCACCGACAACUCCGACAUUGAACACCACACUUUUGAUUCUCCUCUCCUCCUGCAGCUAUGUGGACAAGCUCCAGACCAGGCCGAGAUCGAAGCCGGACUUCUCCAAGUCGGCAUGCGCAUCCGCAAGUCGGUCGCCGAAGGUUACAAACAACAGAAGAAAUUCACACCCCGUCCCUUCUUCAACGUCAGUAGGCUGUCCCCCGAAACGCAAGCUGCUCUCAUUAACGGCAACAAGAACUCUAGCGAUGAGCUCAUGCCGUACUCCGCCGCUCAAAACUUGAGCACUGCGACCUUCUGUGGUGUCAGCCUAGCCUUCAUGUCCCAUUACAGCGACGAUAAUACCUCUCAAUACAACCAACAAACCCUUUGGAACAACUAUUCCACCAGCCACAAGCGAAACUAUGAGGCCGAUUCCGACAGCGAUGAGAGUCAGGACUGGCAGCCAAUCACACCUACCUUGAACCCGGAUGCCGUCAUGCAUAUGCCUGUUGAGUACUUCAACAUUGGCAAUGAUUCCAUGAACGAUGUUGACGCUAUGGCUCAAUUGGCCAACAGCUCACAGCAAGCCGCCCAUGGACGCCGGUUGGCCGUCCCAAAGAGCCGCAACCGCAACUUCCAACCCAUGGAGCAUGCAUCAUCACCCUUCAAUCCGUUCUCCAGCUUUGGGGUACAGACACCUGAGCCCUCAUAUGCCACCCCAACUGGCCAUCGCCGCAUGGUUAGCUGUGGCAUGGAGGCAAUGGAUUUUGCUGAUGCACCAUUUUUGGCUCGACGAGAGGACGUCGAGAUGGACUGCUCGUGAUCAACCUACCACUCUUGUCCAGGCUGCUCUAUUAUUUUUUUCGCUUUGUUGUAUUGAUCAUGAUUUUUCACAUGGGGGUUUUCGAAAUCGAGGACAUUGAGUCCACUGGCAAACAGGUCUGAGAAACGACCUAAUCCGCCUUGAACCAGGGUAAUCGGCGUGAAAACCGACCCCUCUGGAAGAGACGCUGGAAGAGAUUCCAAGCGCUCGAAGCCACCUUGAACUGGCCCAUGUAUUAUACGCGAUGGUUGGACUGGGUUCUCCAACCGAGGGUAACUGGCUUUGUGUUGUACAUAUAUGCGAUGGAAUUUGCUUGGAAAUCGACCUCAGCGGAUGCGCUGAAUUGACAGGUCUACAGGAUACAGGAUCGCCGCAACGAAUCGCGGAAGAGCUGGCAUACUAAGAGUUUUGAUGCGAUAUGGUGCUUGCAUACCACUCUGCGAAUUAAUCGCCGCAGAUGAAUGGGGAAAAAGCAUUAUGAUUUGAGACAGCACAUGAGACAGAAACACAGUCAAAAAAUGAAAAUGGAAAAAAAUGAAACAAC